GGCCAAUCCCUCGACGUCCCCGUUCAGCGUCGCCGCCGUCCCCUUGCCCUAGCCAUCACCUCCCCUCCUCCUCUCCAGCUCCCGAGAUCGCCGCCGCUGAGCGUCGCCGCCGGGUCAGCGCCGUCUACUCCUCCUCGCCAUCGAACUCACCCCUCGUCAUCAGCCACGCCUCCGAUGGCAUUUGAGCUCAGCCCUCAGGUUCAUCGCCGCCUCCGGAGCUCGACCAAGCCCUCGACGUCUGCCCUCAUGGCUUCGAACAAAUUGAAAGAGUCGACGUCUUCGAAUUCUUCAAAAUCAAAGCCUACCUCUUCUAAAUGCAAUAAUCCUCCAACUUCGUAAGUAAUUUGCCAUGAUAUAUUUAAUUUUUAACUCUUUCUGAAUUAUAAUUUUUGUUGUAAGCCAUGAUGUAUAAUGUUUGUGUUAAUAAACUUGUUAAUAUGCGUCUUAAUUUGCCCAAAUAUAUUUAAUUUUUAACUCUUUCUGAAUUAUAAUUUUCUUGUAGGGCUAAGAUAACACACUUGAGAAUUCCGGCCAAUUUGUGUUAUUUUCGAGAUUUAAUUGAUAAGCGAAUAAAAUUAGAUGAAAGACACCUAAAAGCCCUACAGACGACACCUUUUCACAGCUUUCUCAAUAUACCCACAUCCUUGAGCAAUGAGCAAAUAGCAAUUGAUUGCUUGAUUCAAAAUUUUAAUCCUGAUAAAUGCUCAUUCAUGAUUGGGAAUAAAAAUUGUGUGUUCGGUAUAGAUGAUAUUCACCGAAUUACCGGAUUGCCAAAGGAGGGAAUUCCGAUAAAAAUGAGUGGGGCAGCGGCUAAUACAAUCUACACCUAUUUUGUAAAGAAUUAUAAGAAAGCCGAUGAGGAAAAGAAGGCGGUGAUUUCGGGGAAGCGCGAUAGAAUGGCCGAGAUGAUUGUAGAUAUGAUUAAUGAAGACCCUAUAAUAUGUGUGAAACUUAUUGUGGCUUUCAUUAUCGGCUUCAUAUUAUGCCCGCGGACAUGUAAGACAUGUCCCUUGUGGGCGUUUAGAUAUGCGGAGCAGUUAUCAACUUUGCAUAAAUAUAAUUGGUGCCAUGCGGUGUUCACUCUUCUUUGCAAAGAGAUGAGUAAAUCAAAGAAGUCUCUUAGUAUGCGGGAAUUAGGUCAGCGCUCAAAUGCCGGGUACAUGGGUGGUUUUUCCUCCGUUUUACUGGUGAGUUACAUGAACAUUAUUUUGUAUAUCUUUUCAUUUUGAUAAUGAUUAUUGUUUAUGCACAUGCUAAUGUGUAGUUUCUUUUUUGUAGGUUUGGUUUUAUGAAAAAGUGGGGGAAUUAGAGUAUAAUUCAGAUGUUGAAAGGUUACCGCUGCUCUUUUGUGUGAAGAGUACUGGAAAGUGGAGGAGGACUACUAUGAACAAAUUAUAUAGAGUCCCGAAGUUGGUUACGGAUAAUGGCCAAGAGAAUACUCCUCUUAUUCAUACGGCAUCGCCAAUAGUAUUUGAAUCAAGGAAAGCUGAAUUAAUUUUCUUAAUUGCGGAGAAGACGUACGAGUUGAAUGAGCUCACUACAGAAUUACGAGAAUUAGAAGAGCGUAGUGCUAGAUGCCAAAAAAAACCAAGGAGAAAGAGGAUGACGGAAAUGUAACUGAAGAAAAAAAAAUCAAAGAGGAUAUGGAAGCUAAGGAAUAUGAGAAUUUGGAAGGAACUGGGGAAGCCGAUUUAUGUGAUGACUUUGUGAUGAGCCCAAGAGACAUGAGAAUUUUAGAAGAUGCUCGAGAUGUUUCUCAAAAAGAUGAAGGUGGUAAUGAGAAUAACAGAGAAACGCCAUCUAUCAAACGGGCUGUCGGAAAGAGGGAGAGGAAGGAUUGACCCUCUAUUACUUCACCUUAUAUGCCUCUAGAUCAACCAAAGGAAGGCACAAAGAAGAGACGUGUCAUCCAGAUAUUGGAUAGUCCUGAUGGGAAAAAAAGUACAAAAAUGAAGAAGGCUUCAUACCUACAUCUAGAGACUAUCCAGGUAAGGCACUGGCGUUUGAUUAUGAGAACAAAUUAAUUGAAGACUUUCUACAAUCGAGAAUGAACAGUGAUACGUACAUUUGGAAGUGUGCCGAAGCAAGCGUAUCUCGCUUAGAUGCUUAUAUACUAUUAACGGGAGGUGAACUCAGUGACGAUGUGAUCGAUGCAUUUGUUAUUCGGCUUUGUAACAAGAUUGAAACAAGUGAUAGUUAUGAUCGAAAGAUACAUGUCACAAGACCUUGGCUUGCACAAGCAUUUCUAGAAGGAAAUCUUGAAAUGGUGGCAAAACGAAUGAAGGAAAAUGUUUCUCAGCAGAAGUUCUUGGAGUGUGAAAGAAUUCUGAUCCCGAUUGUCAGCUCCGGACAUUGGCACCUGGUAGAGUUAGUGAGAGAGGAGACAAAAUUCUAUCACUACUCCUCAAUCAACUCCCCCAUUUAUACCGCCGAUGCUGUGAAAUUUAUAAAUAAGUUUAUGAGUUUCAUUGAGAGUAAUUGGGGAUUGGGGAAAUUGGAGCAUCAUGGUCUUGUGUCAGUUGCCGUGCCACAACAAGGACCAACGUUAGAUUGCGGGAUCUUUAUGAUGGAAUUCAUUAACAGCAUUGUCGAAAAACGGUCGAUAACAAUUUCAAAAGGAGAUUGUGCAAAAUAUAGAGCAAGGUUUUGUGCUGCUCUUUUGUAUGCACGCGAUUCACCUUUUUUGUAAAUAUUAUUUUAAUUUUCUCCAAGGUUUUUGUUGUGUAUUCAAUGUUGUAAGUAUGUUCAUGUUGUUAAUA